CAUCAUCAUCAUCCUUCAUCACUCCAACAAGAAUUCCUCAAAUUACAAAUCUAUCCCCAUCUUCGCAUCUUCUUCUCAUGAGAGAGGAACGCUCAUCCUCCGAGAUCAUGUCCGGCGACGACGACGACGACGACGACGAUCACGGCAACUCCAUGGAUCUAACCGUCGGCGAUAAGACUUGUGUUGCUCUUCCCUCCGAUCUCCCUCCCCCUUUCUCUGACCAGGUCCUUGAGAACGUCCUUGAGAACGUGCUCCAGUUCCUCACCACCCGCCAUGAUCGCAACGCCGCUUCUCUUGUCUGUAGGUCCUGGUACCACGCCGAGGCGCGGACCCGCCGGGAGCUCUUCAUCGGAAACUGCUAUGCUGUUGACCCAGCUCGCGCCGUCGCCCGGUUCCCUGGAAUCCGGGCGGUGGCGCUCAAGGGGAAGCCUAGAUUUGCUGAUUUUGGCCUUUUGCCGCAGGGUUGGGGCGGGAGGUUCACCCCUUGGGCCAAGGCCUUCUGCUCCUCCUACUCCUCGGUUGAAAAGCUUCAUCUUAAGCGAAUGACGGUGGUUGAUCAGGAUCUCUUUGUCAUCUCCCGCUAUCUGCCUUCCUUCCGCGAGCUCACACUCUUCUGCUGCGAUGGCUUCGGCACUGGUGGCCUUGCGUAUGUCGCGGAGAACUGCAGGCGCCUCCGUGUGCUGGAUCUGAUAGAGAACGAUAUGGAGGAUGACGAAGAUGAUGAUGAUGUGGACUGGAUCUCAAAGUUCCCGGAGACUAAGACCUGCCUGGAAUCUCUAGUGUUUGAUUGUGUGCGUUGCCCUGUGAACUUUGAAGCGUUGGAGGCACUUGUUGCCCGAUCCCCAGCCCUUCUCCGUUUGCGAGUGAAUCAGCAUGUCUCUUUGGGGCAGCUCCAGCGGCUCAUGGUGCGUGCUCCACAGCUCACUCACCUUGGCACUGGUUCAUUCCGGUUUGCUCAGGCUGCGAAUGAGCAGGUGGUUGAUUUGAACCCAGCAUUUGUCACUGCUUCGAGGUCUUUGGUCUGCCUCUCAGGCUUCCGUGGGCUCGCGCCAGAGCAUCUUCCUGCUAUUCUACCAGCUUGCCCGAACCUCACCUCCCUCAACUUCAGUUAUGCUGAGAUCACAACUGAGCAGCUCCGCCCAAUCAUUGUCCACUGCCACAAUCUACAAAACUUCUGGGUUCUUGAUACUGUUGGGGAUGAAGGGCUUCAACUAGUAGCAGCAACAUGCAAGGAUCUUCGAGAGCUUAGAGUGUUCCCUUUCUAUGCAAGGGAGGACUCUGAGGGCUCUGUUUCAGAUGUUGGGCUGCAGGCAAUCUCUGAGGGCUGCCCGAAGCUCCGGUCGAUCCUAUACUUUUGCCAAAGAAUGACUAAUGCUGCGGUUGUGUCCAUGUCCAAGAACUGCCCGGAGCUUGUGGUGUUUCGUCUCUGCAUCAUGGACCGCCACCGACCUGAUCACCGCACGAGGGACGCCAUGGAUGAUGGCUUUGGGGCCAUUGUGAUGAACUGCAAGAAGCUCACUAGGCUUGCUGUGUCUGGUUUGCUUACUGACAAGGCCUUUCGGUACAUUGGCAAAUACGGAAAGUCUGUGAGGACGCUGUCUGUUGCGUUUGCUGGGGAUAGUGAUUUGGGUCUUAGGUAUGUCCUUGAAGGUUGCCCAAAAUUGCAGAAGCUCGAGAUCAGGGACAGCCCUUUCGGAGACUUGGGUCUAAUCUCUGGCAUUCAGCAUUACUACAACAUGAGAUUCCUUUGGAUGUCUGCAUGCAAACUUUCUUUGAGGGGUUGCCAGGAUGUGGCUCGGACAUUACCCCAUUUGGUGGUGGAGGUGAUCAGGGAGAGGCCUGACGAAGAUGUACAGAAUGUUGAGAGGCUAUACCUUUACCGGUCUCUUGCCGGGCCGAGGACUGACGCACCGCCAUUUGUGGAAAUCUUGUAGUGUCUGCUUCUUUAUUGCUAUUUGCUGAAGAAGGAUUCUGCCAUCACCCUCUUGCUUGGCCUGGGAGAGAGUUCAUCUCGUAUUCAAUCCAUCACUGCCUGCAAGAAUUGUGAACUUGGUGGCAAGUUUUCAUAACCCACUGUAGACUUAUCUUGUUCCGCCUCAUUAGAUGAGACAGUUCCAGUUGUAUCUUUUAGCCCUUUCUGAUUUGGUAAUUUUAUUUCUUGUGUUUGGGCUGUUGGAAUUGGGACAUCAACAAUUCUAUGGAGGAGAGGGUGCAAUUCUGGAGAUGAUGUCAUUAAGUGAUAUUGUUCUAUCAGUAUGUUGCUAUUAAUACUUUCAUUCUCAAGAAGCCGAUAAACUUCAUCAAUAGUUCUCACCUUCUCUCAUUCUCAGCAAAGAUCCAUGGUUUCCCAUCUGUGGCUGACACCAAACUAAAAGGUGAAACUUUGGAACUUUCCACUCUCUUGUAGGAGGUUUUCAAGUUUUCUAUGUAAUCUCAGCAAUCUUUACUUCAUAUUCUGCGUCUCAGUUUCAUUUCCUUCAGGUUCUACGAUUGUUAGCUUCGAACAUAUCAGAUGCCUGAAAAACAAAUAAUUGUUGUAAGGAUUGAUGUUUAUAAUUGUUUCAUUUCCUUCA